GCCUUAUUUAUUUUCAUAUUUGCUAAUUUAAAUCUGGCUUAAACAUUACAAAGUGUACCUUUCUGGGGAAAAGCCGUUUCGAUUCCUUGAAAAGAGUACCAAUUUUAUCGACUUUCGCUGAUUGCUCAGUAUUAUUCAACACUGGUCUUGAAGGGGCGCUUCGGUCGCUUUUUGCGGGACAAGUUCUUGGAAAAUAAAGAAAACCACGAAAUGGAGUCGCUCUACAACGCCAGUGUUCAGUACGAGGAUGAUGAGCGCAUCAAUUUCUACAACAUGGACAAGUUCUUUGUGCCGCAUGUGCAGGCCGAGGAGCUGGAGAAGCAGGCCAUCCUUCGCCAGCCCGUCUGGCAGGACCGCUACCACUGGGUCCUGUCCCCGAUCUCCGACUCCUCGGAGGACAUCAGUAGCCCCAAUAUGAUGACUAUGGACAUUACCAAAACCGAACCCGGACUCGUCGGGCUUUCCUCCAACCAGCAGCAGCAGCAGCAGUCCCAGCAGUCCAACACCGGCAUGAACAGUGGUGGCCAGAACAACGGGCCCAAUCCCAAUGGCAACGGCAACGUGGUCAAUGUGGUCAACUCCGGCGGAGCCGGUGGCGGCAACAAUGGCAACGGCAAUGUCCAGAGCAUCGCCGCUGCGGCCAACAACAAUAACAACAACAACAACAACGGUAGCCAACUGUGCGCAGGAUGCGGCAAGCACAUCCAGGACCGCUACCUGCUCCGCGCCCUGGACAUGCUGUGGCACGAGGACUGCCUCAAGUGCGGCUGCUGCGACUGCCGCCUGGGCGAGGUGGGCUCCACGCUGUACACCAAGGGCAACCUGAUGCUCUGCAAGCGGGACUACUUGAGAUUGUUUGGCAACACGGGCUACUGCGCAGCCUGCAGCAAGGUGAUCCCGGCCUUCGAGAUGGUGAUGCGCGCCCGCACCAACGUCUACCACCUGGAGUGCUUCGCCUGUCAGCAGUGCAACCACAGAUUCUGCGUGGGCGACCGCUUUUACCUGUGCGAGAACAAGAUACUCUGCGAGUACGACUACGAGGAGCGCAUGGUCUUCGCCUCGAUGGCCAAUCAUCCGAUGCUGAAGCGCCAUGUGUCCUCCCUGGGCCAAGGAUCUCCGACCGGAGCGCCCGGGGCGCAGAACACCGCCGGCGGACUGCUGGGCGGCGGACCCGGCGGCGGCAAUGUGAACGGCGUGGGCGUGGGCAUGGUCAACGGACCGCGCACUCCUGGCGAUCACAACAAUAACAACAAUGGCCCCCAAACGCCAACCGGCGGCGGCUCCCCGUUUGCCGCAGCCGCUGCCGCCGCCGCCGCCGCUGCCCACAUGAAGAAUCAACUGGGAGCGUCCAGCUAAAAUAAAGCCCUGGGCAUGGGCGCCACUGGGGCUGUUCUUGCGGGAUCUGCGGGAGUUGGAGCUGGAGCGACGAGUCAGCAAUUCUACUCGGGCUUCGGACUGCAGCACCAGCACCAGCAGCACCAACAACAGCAGCAACAGCAGCAGCAGCUCAUGGGACUGGGCCUGGGAAUGGGCGGCGGUGGAGGAGCAGGAUCCGCCGGCGGAGCAGGAGGCGGAGGCGUUGGCAGCAUCGGAAGCGGGUGCAAGCGCUACCAAAGAAAGUUCUACAACCGCAACUGAGGGAGUCGACGGGGGAGGAAACGCUAGGGGAAAGGAUACAGAAAUCCAGAAUCGAUAUUCAAAUCUUCGUUUGCUUUGACUGAGUUCAAGUUUUAUAGUUUUAAAGGCUUAUCGUUUAGUUAGCCUACACAAAAGUACUUGCUGAAUUUGCAGACAUUUUUGGAUCCUAUCAUUUAAGAGACAAUAUGUUUACUUAGUUCUAUUCGAGAUAACGCCCUUGUUCGUGGGCAGGGUUUUUUUGUUUCCACUGAAACCUGUACAUAUUUUCCUUGUAAACUGUUGACUUUUUAGCGCGAUCCUUUUUUUUUUACAAACACAACCUUAUAGAUAUAUUCGUAUUUAUCUAUGUAUAUGCAUAAAUAAUUUUAUUUUCACGCUCGAAGCGUGCGGUGCCAAAACAAAUUCAAAGCAGUGCCAAAAAGUUUAAAAAUAAACGAAGGAUGAAAUGAAGAAAGUGAGGAUAAGUUCAGGCGGCUGGAGGAUAAUCGGAUAUGGGGACUUGUGGAGUCGAGAGAGUUAAACAUCCCCACCGAUCAUUAUUCGAUUCGCCAUAAGUCCCCGGAGUCCGGAGGAGCCGCAGGAGAGGAGGAGAGGAGGGGAGGGCAAUUGGCAAAGUGAACUUUGAUGUGUAAAUAUUGAAACAUUCUGCACACGACUUAAGCACACAUGAUUUUUGUUCUGAUUCCAUUUUAAGUCUGUUGGAGCAACGUUGUUGAUUAUUAUUUAAGUUUAGUUUAGUGCGAGGCUAAAGAAUGUUCUUUCCACGGCGAACGUUGUAUAGAAGUAGCUGGGCGGACGCUGAUCCACGACGGCCCAGCGUUAGAUGUAAAGAGCCUAAGCUAGGUCGGUGUAAAGUUAAGAAUCUGCGUGUGUAUCUAUAACCAAGCGAACUAGUUACAAUAUGGGUGUAUUUAUUAAUCCUUUUUUUUGCAAUCUAAUGUAACACUAAUCAAUAUGCGUAAUUAGCGUUCGAUCGGAGCUAGCAAAUAUACUAAGUACGGGAGAAACCAAAGUGUGUGUAUAAGCAUCAGUCUAUCUACGAGCGAUAAACAAUACUACCUAUCUAUCGAAUUACCGAAACUAUGUUAAUAUCGUAAUAAUCUAUAACCAGACCUAAGUAAGAGCGAUUACCCAAUAUUUUUUUUGUAUCGUAUUGUUAGAGAGCAGGCAUAAAGUUAAAUCAAAAAUAUCUAAAGUGUAAGAUAAACCCGCUUAGACUUACAUUUACGUGCAUACACAUAAAUACACGCCCCAUACUCCAUGUGUUUUGGACAGCAACCAGUAAUAAACGCCAGAACAAAUGCAAAUGCAAAUAAAGAAAUCAAAACUAAAGAGAAGAGAGAGUAAAUCGUAAAAAAUAAAACAAAGCAACGGCAAAACAAAAGGAAACAAUAAAUGUAAUUAACAAACAUUUGAAAAAAUUAA